AUGUCUGUAUUGGAUAUUCCUGAGCUACUACUGGCAACGUUGGGUUACCUCGAUCAGAGCUCACUUGGGAAAUGUGCUCAAGUUUGCCGUGCUUGGAGAGAGCCUGCCACUGAACUCUUAUGGGCUCAAGUACAGGACCUCGAAUGCCUGGUAAAUAAAUCGUUCACCAAAAAUGCGUUAUCUUGUUUCAGUAAUCCUGCAUGGAACCGAUUGAUUCACAAGCCAUACCCGGAACUCGCCAGCCCACCAAAUAGCCCACGCGGCGAUGAUCAGCCCGAAGGGACCGAACCCACCCUGGCUCAAGCAUGGUGCGAACUUCGAUCUUUUGAUGUAGACUGGAUAGAAGAGACAAAGCUAUUUCGAAUGCGGACUCAGCGCAUCACACAUAUAUGUUUAACUCGAUCGAGUCUCCACGCUCUUUUAGUUUUAUAUGCUUUACAAGAAAUCUGCCCGAUGGCGUGCCGAGGGAUAUUUCCUCGCCUAUUCGCCCUUACUAUCGGAAACGAUCAUUACGCACCAUUGACCUCCCAAUCUAUUACGAGGUUAACAUCUCUCCGACACAUCACCUACGAAGCGAGUAGCGCAAAUUUGUAUAGCACAUAUUUUUCAAGUUGGAGGGUAGCUUGCCAGGAUGCCAUAGGUCUUACAUCCUUUAGCAUUCGCUUCACCGGAGAAUCAGACAAUAAAGAGUAUUUUGGAGGAUUCCUCGAGCCAUACUGGGCCUAUUCCAAAAAUCUUUCCCCAUCUUUAUCUCGAUUCCCAUUCGUACUGAGCCGACCCUGGAAGCACAUCGAACUGCCAGGACGGCUGGUAGGAAAAUAUCUCUUUUCAGCACUUGCAUCAAUUAGUACCCUGGAAACUCUGACUAUACACGGAUCCCUCAAAAGUUCAGGCGAGGACAUCAAGUACAAAGGAGCCCUAUUCAAAUCUUUACGCGAGCUUCGCUUACUCGAUGUUUCAACUAUUGGAGAAGAGUACUUCACAGGCCUGGUGCUCCACAAUGUUCGAGACCUGGAACUCCGAUACCUUCCAGAACGUGAAAAGGUUACCAGUGCCACCAUCCUUCCAACUGUUAAUCUGGCAGCAAUGGCACAGGCAUGUCCGAAUCUUCUGACUUUGAUAGUCACAGCGAAUGAUAUUGCGGAGGAGGGGAAGUUUGUGAAAAUUUUUGAAAACUCUGACUUUGAGCCAUUAUUGGCACUUAAUUCUCUCGAAAAAUUAGUGGUCCGGGUCCCACGGGAUAGCAGUUUACGUCUUUCUGACGAUUUUCUGGACAGAGCAGCACGAUCAUGGCCUUCUUUGCGAGAGCUGGAUAUGGACCAGGCGCAUUCAAGCAAAACGCUAGUUACGCUACAGGGACUCGCGCCGUUUUCCCAGUAUUGCCCGAGGCUGUGCUCACUCCAGCUCGGAAUCCGGCAGGAUCACACUCACACCGUCUUCAACGCAGACUUAUACUCCCGGCGGGAUAUCAGCAGCCCUGGUGUCAGGUGCUCGCUUACAUACCUAAACAUUGGGUGCCCGUGCAUCUACAAGGCAGAAGCCGUCUCCGACUUCUUUUCGGCGCUGUUCCCCAAUUUGCGUCAGAUCGAGUGUCCUAAACCAUCAGGUUCGGUUCCGUAUAGCCAGGGAGACUAUUUCGUCUGGUCUCAAGUCGUCCGGACGGUUCAGGAGCUCGAUAGGGACCUCGAAUAUCUGGCCCGUACGCUCCGAGCUCGGGAUUUGGCCGAAAGGCAUGAAUCUAUCAAUGGAGAAUUUAUCGUAUCAUCGAUCGAUGAUAGUGACGAAGACUAUUGGGCUUAUUCUGGCAGUGAAGACGACAGCUAUUCUUCAGAUGAAGAUUAG